UAAAUAGCUCCGAUCUCCCCGGGAAGUCAGAUCAAAGCACUUUCCACGCGGUGAUGGGCUGGACCACUGACUCCGAAGCGCCUCUUAGUUUGGCUGCCCUGCUUCUCCUCGUGGCUCUCCGGUUCUGCCCGGCGCGAGGCGACCCUCAUUCUCUUUCCUAUAAUGUCACCAUCGAUCCUCGGCCCAGAGAUGGUCAGCCAUGGUGUGAGGUUCAAGGAGAAGUUGAUCAAAAGGUCUUUGUCUCCUGUGAUUUUGGUAAAGGUAAGACCAAGUACAUGAGUCCAUUGGGAGAGGAAGUGAAAUGUAUAAAUGCCUGGGAAACACAGACUGACACACUCAGAGACACUGGAGACUUGCUCAAGGAGCAGAUGCCUGACGUUACACCAGAGAAACACACAGACAAGGGCCCUCUCACCCUGCAGGCCAGGAUGAAAUGCUGUUGAGAAGACAGCAGACACAUCAGUGCAUCCUGGGAGUUUGGCUUCAAAGGACAACCGUGGCUGCCCUUUAAUUUGGACGAUGGACCCUGUACAGUGCAUCAUGCUGGAGGGAGGCGGAUGAAAAGGAAGAGGGAGAAUGACAGAGCUGUGACCGACUGCUUCAAGAAGGUCUGCAGGAGAGCCUGUCGGCUCUGUCAUCAGGCUUUCUUGGUGUGCUGGGAGAACACCAUGGGCAAGUGAGAAGGGAGGAGAAAGUGGCAGUUCUCUCUUGGUGACAUGGACCCACCCCUGUGUGUUUGUGAAAAUGAUCCGUCAGAGGUGAGCUGUCCUGGGAGAACAAUGGCCCGGGGAUGCUCUGUGACCCUCCUUCCUCGUCCACCUCCUGGCGUCUCUCCUCACAGCACAGGCCUUUGUACUGUUGGACACGGAUUCUCACUGACCCUAAACAUGAGAGCAUCUCUGUGAUUCCAAUCUCCUUCUUACUAUUCCCUCUUUCCGGAACCUUCUUUUAAAUGUCACCAGUCCUCCUUCUGGAAAUCUGUCAAUAGCACCUCUGCUGUCAGCUCCUGAGGACUCCAUCCUGAUGUCACCAUCUCUGAUGUCACAGCAGGACUGAGUGACUCUGUUGGAAAUCUUGCUUCCCCAUUAGCUGUCAGAGUCCCAUGGGGACUGGGCUCCUCCCUCCCUCCCAUCUCGCCUGAGGACCUGUCACAAGGGCCUCCACGUGUGGAUGCAAACAGGCUGCAUAGUAGGGGUACCUGGCUCAGGGGGGCUAAGGUGACAUCUGCCGCGUUUGGGGUCUGGACAAGGGCCUCACCCUUAUUCUGCUUGCAGCAUCACCGACCACAGGCCCCCCUACAGUGCGGCCCACGGCCACAGCCAUCAAGCACAUCACCUGGAUCCUCCCCAUGCUCCUCCCCAGUUUCAUCAUAACUGUCUUCCUGGGCUGAGUCCUUUCCAGGAGCAGGUACUGAGGGCAGAAUUCAGAGGGAAGGCAGGGGCACAGGGCCUGGUGUGAGGCCGGGGCAGGUGAAUCCCAGCCAACCCCUGCCCCUCACUGAACCUCCUCACCCUGGAAAUGAGCAGGUGGAUAGACCCCAUAUCACCCGAGAGCAAGAACUGCAGACUCAACUCCAAAGGCCUGUUCUCGCAGGAAGUGGUGUGGGUCAAGCAGGCAAGGCAGGAGCCCCACAGCAGAGACUGGGGGAAGGGGUGAGGCCAGGCCUGUGCUCCUGGAGCAGCAGCAGGUCUGACUCAGUGUGGCCGGCACGUCACCAGCCUCCUGGGAACCCAGAGCCUCCAUCACUGAGCCGCCCUGCCUCGAGCAGAGGUGCCUGGGAUGGGUGGGUCUGAGCUGUGGUGGAGGCGCCCAGCUGGGUGGGACCAGGAAGAGAUGGGGGGCAGGGACCCUGGUCCUGAGAGCUGUGUGUGCUGCUCAGAAGCUGGAGGGCAGUGAAAGAAGGUUUGCCUGCAGCCCCCCAAGGCUGUCAGGAAGCAAGGCCCCUCCUCCAGGGACCUGCUCCCUGGUCCUUUAGGCCCACCUUGGGGAGGAUCCGGACCUGAGUAAAGGGAGCAGAUUGAUUCCUCACUGGCUCCAGUCCUGAGCCUGAGCAGGGGGUGUCAGGGCCUGGGGUGACUCUGUGAUGCAGGAAGGAAGGAGGAGGUGACAAGAAGCUGCUGGGCCUGGGGUGGGGGUGGGGGUGGAGCCCCUCAGUGAGGGUGAGGCUGGAGGGGGCUGGGGAGGGGCCGCCCCAGGAAAUUGACAGGAGUUCCUCAGCCCCCUGGACCAAGGCCUCUUUCUUUUCUAAAGGAGACGGUGCUCCCAGGAAGUGUGACAAGUGCUCUGUUGGCCUUUCUCCUGCUCUUCACUUUAGAUCCAGGAGAUCAGACCCCAUGAAUCCUCAGUGUUUUCCGGUUACGAUGACACAGUAGAUGCAUCAUCUCAUGGGCUUUAUCACUUUUGACGAAAUCCUACUCAGCACUUU